AUAUUGUAAAUAUUAUAUAUACACGUAUUUAUUAUAUUUUGCAAGUUUCGUACGAGCACUACGUUACUGACCGGAGCCCGAUUGUACUCACAAACAGACAUAAUACAAUGGCACCUUUAAAUAUUGUGGAUACACCGUACAGCGAUCUAACAAAACUAGAAGACAGCAUCGAAAACAAACCGAACAAUCAAGCAAACAAACCUAAUAACUUCGAAAAAACUAAUACAGUUGAUCCGUAUGACGAAGUCAAACUUAAUGAACCAAUUUUCUUGGCUCCUAUACGUAAAUGGGAAAAAAGAAUGGGUUUCGUGACACCCAUAAGAUGGACGAACGCUAUUCUUAUAACAACAUUCCAUGUGGUCACAGUUGUUUGGGGUUUUUACACAUUAUUUUAUGAAAAGCAAAAACCAAUGUGGCAAUCUGUUAUAUUUGGAAUAUUCAUGGGACAGCUAGCAGGCUUUGGAGUGACAGCAGGCGCACAUCGAUACUGGUGCCAUCGGUCAUACAAAGCGAAACUACCAUUGCAAUUAAUUUUGGCACUCUGCUACUCAGCAGCUGGACAAAAUACAAUCUACGAAUGGGUUCGAGAUCAUCGUGUGCACCACAAAUUCUCGGAAACCUCGGCCGACCCACAUGAUGCCAAUCGUGGCUUUUUUUUCUCACAUAUCGGAUGGCUUAUGAUGAAAAAACACCCAGACGUAGUGAAGCAGGGGUCCAAAAUUGACAUGAGUGACAUCAUCCACGACCCUGUUGUGAUUUUCUGCACCAAAUACUUCAUUUUGUUCAAAAUAACAUUCUGUUGGAUAAUACCAUCGGCGCUUCCUGUCUACGCUUGGGGCGAAUUGUGGAAUAUCGCCAUUCUCUCCCAAGCAUUCUGGAGAUAUAUGCUCAGCUUGCACUUCACUUGGUCUGUCAAUAGUUUUGCGCAUCUAUGGGGGAACAAACCUUACGAUAGGUACAUAAUGCCGUGUGAAAACAAAGGAGUCUCUAUUGUUGCAAUGGGCGAGGGUUGGCAUAAUUACCACCACACUUUCCCUUGGGACUAUAAAGCCGCUGAAUUGGGUGUCCCAAACAAUACCACAACUUUCUUACUAGAUCUGUUCGCUAGAAUAGGUUGGGCAUAUGACUUAAAACAAGCAUCGCCAGCAUUAGUCCGAGCUGUUGCUAAGCAGAGGGGAGAAUGCAAGGAAUGAUCUACUUCACAGCUGUGCAUAAGUGAAAUUAAAUUAUUCUAUAUUUUUAUCAGUUUCUUAGGCCUUCUCAUGGUUGCGACCACGGAAUCAAAAUAUUUAUCCAUUCCCAACAUCAUCUCGCUUAUACACGUAAACUUCUAGUUGCCUUUAUAGACUAUCUGAACAUCGAUUUGCAGUUAUCUUUAAUGAGAGAUGUGAAACUUUCAUAAUGCUAUGAGCGGGAUUCGAUGCCGAAUUGGCUUAAUAUGGAUAAAUUUGUGCACAUUACAAUGUGAAGUAUAAGCAUCGAUGUAGCGCUUUAAGGGCUCCUUGCACAAAAAUCAAACAUUAAGAAAUACAAGUGCUAUGCGAUGCGUAUUGCUAGCAAAAUGCGUGUCGUCGAUGCGUGUAGCUAUGUACCGUACCACAAACAAAAUAAUAAAACGCUAAAA